ACCGAAGAGACCGAAGAGACCGACGAGACCGACGAGACCGAAGAGACCGAAGAGACCGACGAGACCGACGAGACCGAAGAGACCGAAGAGACCGACGAGACCGACGAGACCGACGAGACCGAAGAGACCGAAGAGACCGAAGAGAUCGACGAGACCGACGAGCCCGACGAGACCGAAGAGACCGACGAGACCGAAGAGAUCGACGAGACCGACGAGACCAAAGAGAUCGACGAGACCGACGAGACCAAAGAGACCGAAGAGAUCGACGAGACCGAAGAGACCGAAGAGACCGAAGAGACCGAAGAGGUCGACGAGACCGAAGAGACCGAAGAGACCGACGAGACCGAAGAGAUCGACGAGACCGAAGAGACCGAAGAGACCGACGAGACCGAAGAGGUCGACGAGACCGAAGAGACCGAAGAGACCGAAGAGACCGAAGAGACCGAAGAGGUCGACGAGACCGAAGAGGUCGACGAGACCGAAGAGACCGAAGAGACCGACGAGACCGAAGAGACCGAAGAGACCGAAGAGACCGAAGAGGUCGACGAGACCGAAGAGGUCGACGAGACCGAAGAGACCGAAGAGGUCGACGAGACCGAAGAGGUCGACGAGACCGAAGAGACCGAAGAGACCGACGAGACCGAAGAGACCGAAGAGACCUUAACUCACUGUAACAUCUUGGAAAAUAAGAACAGCAGAUAA